CCGAGAUGCAGACUCACCUGCGCGGCCUCGGCCUCCCCGACAGGGACCGGGAGUCCACCCUCGACGAGGGGGCGUACGCUAACGUCCUCACCAUGCGCUCCGACCGCCCGUACAGCGGCCGCAGCCCGCCCUCGCCGUCCCCCUCCCAUCACCACAGCUUGGACGCCCCCAUGCCCCUCCCCCGACGCUCCAAGAGCCUCUUCCCCGACCGGCCCUCCCACAACCCUUUCCUGCAGUCGGCCGCCGGCACGGCGCAGCGGGAGCCCGCCACCCACAGCGCCCCCCGCAUGUCGCAGAGAAGCUCCGCCCACGAGCUGUACAAGCAGCGCAUGCCGCUCUCGCUCACCCUCGGCAACCACGGCGGCCACCACGCCAACCAGCACCACGUGGACCCGCAGGUCUUCUACCCUCAGCAGGAGCCCCCCGUGGUGGCCUACAUGGUCCCGCCCGCCGCCGCCCAGCCCAUGAGCUACGUGACGGCGCCGCGAGCUUCCAGCGCCGGCGGCAACAGGCCCCGCCUCUAUCGCCGCAUGCCUAGCAUCGAGUCUGACGUGUGAGACUCGCACUUCCUGUCACUGACACACAUCCAAUAAGGCUACCAGCUCCUCUGGGUCACGGGGAGCCGCUCAGCCCCGCCCCUUUUUUUUCCCUUUUUUUGCUGUGUGUGCACAUUCACCUUCGACUCUCUGCAGCCAACAUGUGUCUUCUACGAGCACACACAGCCGCGCGGGAAUCGAACCUGCGGGCGGACUCCACGGGGCGGCUUGGUUAGCAGGGUCCCCGCAUCGCCCACACACACACACACACACACACACACAUACACACACACACAUGUACACUAACAGACUGUUUGAUAACGUUGAUGUCAGCUAAUUGAACAUUCCACAAAAAAUAAGAAGGGGCGGCCCUUAAGCGGCCGCCGAUCAAAUCCUCUCAGGAUGAGAGUGUUCCGAGAAGGACACACACACACACACACACACACACACACACACACACACACACACACACACACACACACACACACACACACACACACACACACACACACUUAAUUUAGCAUCCAAGCUUCCUUCCUCUCUUAGCUACUAGCCUUCAGGUCACACACUGCAUGCUUCCUAAGGCCCUGACAUACGCUCACACACUGAUGCAGGGUCAUAUACGCGCGCACACACACGCACACACACCCACACACACACACACACCACGUGUGUGUGCGUGUGUGUGUGUGUGUGUUGGUCGAUGCUCUUCUUUGUGCACUUUGUACAUUUUAUAACCUGCCACCAAACACAAACCAAAAAAAAAAAAUCACUUUUUUAUACUCUGAAUUCGCUGGAGGAUUUAAUAUCUUUUUUUUUUGUUGUUGUUUUGAUUCCGGCGCCGUGUGAGGUCACGGGUUUUGCUAAGCAGCGACGCGUCAUCAUAGCCAGCUCAUCGUUAGCCCCUCCCACUUCCUCUUCCUUUUUUAGCGGCUGUCACGUGACGGUGUAGAUUAGUCGUGCCGGUUCAUAAAACAACAAGGGACUAUUUUUUUAUUUUAUUUUUGAAUUAGGCGCGAAACGCCGUUGGCUUGUGGAAGCUGGACGCGCACGUCGUCGGUUUUGAUGGCGAGUGUCAUGUCCUGGUUUGUGUUCAGCUACAGUUUUCCUACGGUUUAUACCAUAUUUUUCGGACUAAAUAACUGACCUGGUGUCAACAACAGUCGUACGGUUACCAAGUCACUCGAGUGUGGCACUAGCUACACCCAGGAAGCGUGUUACUUCUCUUUGGGUCCCCCAGGCCUUUAAGUCUCUCCUGGGGGCCAAACUGUGGGAGCCACAAACAAAAACAAUGCCCUAAAUGUAAAUUAUAUUUAUGAGGGGGGAGAAGUCAAAUUUAUGAGGUAAAAAAAGUCAUAAUUAUGGGAGAAAAAGUCAUAAUUAUUGGAUAAAAUGUGAAAAUUAUAAGAUAAAAACUCAUAAUUAUGAGAUUAAAAAUCGAAAUUAUUCAAUAUAAAAUCGAAAUUAUAAGUGAAGAGAGUCGAAAUUGUGAGACAAAAGAAGGUUGAAUUUUUGAGGUUAAAGAAAAUCAUAAUUAUGAGAAUGGAAAUCAAAAUGAUGAGAUAAAAAGUCACAAUUACUCAGUAUAAAGUCAAAAUGAUGAGAUAAAAAGUCUUAAUAAUUGGAUAAAAUGAAUGUCGAAAUGAUGAGA